ACGGACAACAACAUGGGCUGUGCAGCGAAGCCUAUAAAAGUGCUCGGGCUGAAAAGUAGACUACAUCCUGGAAAUUUCAGCAGUUUCGAAAGCUUACAUCUUACGAACAGAAGAGGUACAUAAUGAACGCAGAUUGGACUCCCACGCUGUGGCGUGAUACUUUCGACGAAAUGUUGGAAGAAGAAUUAGAAUACAGUGACAGGUGGUUUUUUCAGUUCAACUACAGACUACAAGAGAAUCUCUCUGAAGAGGAGAGGAGGAGGGGAUGGAAGAUCUACUGCCAUUGUGCCUACGGAAAAUUUAGGUGUGGUACCUGUUCCAAAGAUUGGCCAUCGGCCCGGGUUACUCUUCUCUUCCACUACCGCCUGCGCAGCGAGGCAGCCCGGGGGACGGUGAUCAUGCGACCCUUCAGACAGGCGUGCCGGGGCUGCAGUGGGAACUUUGAGCUCCCAGGGUUCUCCACGGAGGAAGUAGAGAAGGUCCUGCUCAAGCUGAUUGGCAAGAUCAAGAAGAACUGCUACGGUGAAGAGGAAGAGGACAACAGCGAUUCCUGCUCCCCUGAGAAAGUGCGGACGAAGCCGCAUGAGAGUUCGCUGUGUGAGGCCUGUAGUCAGGGGAUCUGCUGUGUGGAAGACUAGUUUCCACAGAGCCUAGUCUAGGAACUGGGAAAGGAAACAUGAUUACCUCAGGAGCCCCAGCAGGCAACAUGAGUUGCUCAACUGGUUACCUGAGACAAAUAAUUCAAAAUUGUUUUUUUUUUUUUUUUUUACGAUGACAGAAAAAAUGCACUUUACGCAAUAUAUAUUUAACCAACGUAAUAUGGAAGAAAAUAUUUUGUCUAAUAAUAUGUUUGGAACCAUAUAUAUAUAUAUAUAUAUAUAUAUAUAUACAUAUGUGGAGGUGUAGCAGGGCGGUAUGGUAAUGGCUCUGGGCGGAGAUAAUGGGGGAAGAAAUGAGAUAAUCAGCGUUAACCAUAAUCUGCCUGCAGUGCCAUCGCAGUCUCUGAGAGGAAACUCACAUGAGAGAGAGAGACAGAGAGAGAGAGAUGGCGUGAGGGCUAGGAGCUGUUUUCAGGGCUGAUUAAUGAAAACUCAUGUGCAUCUCACAACUCUUUGGAGUGAUAUUGUGUAUACGCGUUAGUGUACUUUUUAUCUUUUUUAAUGGUACUUUUGAUAUGAUAUUUUUUAAUACUAAUGAUCUAAAUUAUUGUUGAAAUGCUUGAGGCUCAUAAAAAUGUUGCCAGAAUUGUUUAUUUGUUGAGAUAAUUGCUUUUAAUAAAAAGCUUUUGUCUUA